GAAGAGAACGAACAUAAUUUCAUUCCUCAGUCCUCCGCCUUGUACCACUUCAGUUGGCCGGCGGCGUCAUCGUCCCACAUUUCUCCUCCUCUGCUCUGCAAUUCAUCUGGGGAUUUAGUGGGCAUUAAUUUGUGGGUAAAAGAUGAGCAAAAGAAUGAUUGCCAUUGGUUUUGAAGGUUCAGCUAAUAAGAUUGGUGUUGGUGUUGUAACCCUAGAUGGAACCAUUUUAUCGAACCCUAGACACACCUACAUUACCCCACCAGGACAUGGGUUUCUUCCCCGAGAAACCGCUCACCAUCACCUUGAACAUGUCCUGCCCCUUGUGAAAUCUGCUCUUACUACGGCUGGAAUAACCCCGGAUGAUAUUGAUUGUCUGUGUUAUACCAAAGGCCCGGGAAUGGGUGCUCCCUUGCAAGUUUCCGCGGUUGUGGUAAGGGUUCUUUCGCAGCUGUGGAAGAAGCCGAUUGUUGGUGUUAAUCACUGUGUUGCUCAUAUUGAGAUGGGGAGGAUUGUUACAGGAGCAGUUGAUCCUGUUGUGCUGUAUGUUAGUGGGGGUAAUACACAAGUGAUCGCGUAUAGUGAGGGCAGGUAUCGGAUUUUUGGGGAGACCAUUGAUAUUGCUGUUGGUAAUUGCUUGGAUCGCUUUGCUCGAGUUUUGACACUUUCAAAUGAUCCUAGUCCAGGAUAUAACAUUGAACAGCUUGCUAAGAAAGGUGAAAAAUUCAUAGAUCUACCAUAUGCUGUAAAGGGAAUGGAUGUUUCAUUUAGUGGCAUAUUGAGCUUCGUUGAAACUACAGCUGAGGAGAAACUUAAAAGCAAUGAAUGCACACCUGCUGACUUGUGCUACUCUCUGCAAGAAACUCUCUUCGCGAUGCUUGUUGAAAUAACAGAAAGAGCCAUGGCUCAUUGUGAUGCAAAAGAUGUUCUCAUAGUUGGGGGUGUUGGUUGUAAUGAGCGUUUGCAAGAAAUGAUGAGGAUAAUGUGUUCUGAGAGAGGUGGGCGGUUAUAUUCUACUGAUGAUAGAUAUUGCAUUGACAAUGGAGCCAUGAUUGCAUACACUGGUCUUCUUGCUUAUGCUCAUGGAUUAUCUACCCCCCUCGAGGAAUCAACAUUUACUCAAAGAUUUCGAACUGAUGAAGUACAUGCAGUUUGGAGGGAGAAAGAAUCCAUCAACAACAAUGCAAACAGUUAGGAAAACCCACAACUAUGUUAGGUACCCAGUGCUCUGAAGCAGUAGUUUUAUUGGUUCAUUACUUUUUUUUUUUUCUUAUCUUUUACAUUUUUCCAUGGCGAACCAAUUGAACUUGUAAAGUGAAAUUUUCUUUAAAGUAGGAAGGGGAAUACACGAUUUAUUGUAAUGUUGGCAUAUGUAUAAUCAAACGAUAUUAAUCAUCAAUUAACAAGUUCAUGUGUUUGUCAAAUUAGCUUUCUGAGAAAUAUUAAUUUAAUCUUGUUCUGAUUCAUUGACAGUUCCUAAAAGCAUCUAUGAAUCAAGAUGGUUAAUUUGAACCCUGAACCAUGGCCGACACCUGGUUUCUCGAGUUGAAUGAUUUUGAGGCUGACCUUGCAAGGCUUCUUUGAAGAAAACUAUUCUCUUUGAAAAAUUUCAUCCACCUUGUGAAGGACUUGAAGACAUUAUCACAUGCUCUCACUGGUACCAGUUAACGUUGAGAAGAUUGUUAUAGGAGUAUAAUUUAUGACUCUCUUAACAUAACUCAUCCAUUAUUUUCAAAAUUUAAAUUUCUAUGCUCUGAAUUUAAGGACAAGAAGGGUUUUAUAUAGCUCUCCUUAGUCCUUAGAAUUGUGGAAGAAUAUGUGAGAUAAAAGAGCACAUAUUUAGAGAUUAGAGUAGAAAAUAUAGCUUCAUGCCUUCAUAUUAUGCUAGAAAGAUGAAAACCCAAUAAUCAAA